AAGUGUGCGUGCUGAGUGGAAACAAGCAGUUAAGACAGAGGCGACAUUUAAAAGAUAUCCAAAAUAUUUCAGAUAUAUUUAUUUAAAUAAACAACGAGUAAAGCAACAAGAGGUGCCUGCUGGUGUCAAAAUGGCUCGCAUCAGACGCUACUCGGAGGCCAUGACGAUGCCCGACUCUUUCAUCCAGCGCCAGCAGCUGGACGCCAGCAUGGCCGACACCUUCCUGGAGCACCUGUGUCUUCUGGACAUCGACCAGGAGCCCAUCACGGCCCGCAACACCAGCAUCGUGUGCACCAUCGGUCCUGCUUCCCGAUCCAUUGCCAAACUCCAGGAGAUGGUCAAAGCCGGGAUGAAUAUCGCACGUUUGAAUUUUUCUCACGGUUCCCACGAGUACCACAGCGAAACCAUCAAGAACAUCCGUGAGGCGGUGGAGACGGUCACAUCUGACCCGCUGUACUAUCGGCCUGUGGCCAUCGCCUUGGAUACCAAAGGACCGGAGAUACGCACUGGAUUAGUGAACGGGAAAGUGGAGGAGGAGGUGAAGCUGGAAAAGGGCAGCUAUGUUCGCGUGGUCACGGCACAAGCCGACAAAGACUCCACAGAUGGCAAGAACAUCUGGGUGGACUAUCCCGAUCUACCGCGGGUCCUCAAGAGCGGGGACAAGAUCUACAUCGACGACGGCCUCAUUGGACUUAAAGUUCAGGAAACUGGUCCGGACUGGGUGGACACGGUGGUGGAGGCUGACGGCGUGCUCUGCAGCCGCAAAGGCGUCAACCUGCCCGGCUGCGACCUGAUCGGCAUGCCUGCGGUCAGCGAGCGGGAUGAGGCCGACCUGAGGUUCGGCGUGGCCCAGGGCGUGGACAUCGUAUUCGCCAGCUUCAUCCGCUCCGCGCAGGACGUCCGCGACGUGAGGCGAGCUCUGGGCCCGCACGGGAAGAACAUCAAGGUGAUCAGCAAGGUGGAAAGUCGCCAAGGAGUCCAGAACAUUGAGGAAAUCUUGGCGGAAAGCGAUGGCGUGAUGGUCGCCAGGGGAGACCUGGGCAUCGAGAUCCCCGCCGAGAAAGUCUUCAUCGCCCAGAAGAUGAUGAUUGGUCGCUGCAACGCAUCCGGCAAGCCUGUCAUCUGCGCCACGCAGAUGCUGGAGAGCAUGAUGGUCCACCCGCGGCCCACGCGAGCAGAGGGCAGUGACGUGGCCAACGCCGUGCUGGACGGAGCCGACUGCGUGAUGCUAUCCGGCGAGACCGCCAAGGGCCUGUUUCCCGUGAAGGCAGUCGCCAUGAUGCACUCGAUUUGCAGGGAGGCGGAGGCGGCCAUUUUCCACCAGCAGCUAUUUGAGGAGCUGCGCCGCCUGACCCCGCUGUCCUCGGACCCCACAGAGGUUACUGCCAUCGGGGCAGUUGAGUCGUCCUUUAAGUGCUGCGCUGGCGCCAUUAUCGUCCUCACCUCUAGUGGCAGGGCGGCACACCUCCUUUCCAGGUAUCGGCCCCGCUGUCCAAUCAUUGCCGUCACCAGGAGCCCGCAGGUGGCGCGUCAGUCGCAGUUGCUGCGAGGAGUCUUCCCCGUCCUCUUUCACCCUCUACCAGCACCCGUCUGGGCCGACGAUGUCGACAACCGUGUCAACUUUGGAAUAGAAAUAGGCAAGGCGAGAGGAUUCUUCAAAGAGGGCGACAUGGUGAUCAUUGUGACCGGCUGGAUCCCGGGGUCGGGUCACACGAACAUCAUGAGGGCCGUCAACGUCACGUAGCCAUCAGCGGCCGUCUCCGGCAAACACUUACGGUUACACUUCGCAACAGUGGCAUGUGUUCAGCUAGCUGACAUUUCCACUCAGGCACGAUGUGUGUCUGUUUUCAAAGCAAUGACUCCGAUUUAGCCAAUAAAACUUGAAGCAAUCGUAA